ACCCCUGGCUGGCAGGCACACUCGCAGUCCCCACUCCAAAAGCCGGAGGAGGAGGAGGCGAUUCACCGACAUCCCGGAGCGGAUCGCGGAGCGCGACCCCUCCUCCCUCCGCCACCGCCGCCGCCGCCGAUCUACCUCCGCCGCCGCGCCCUCCCCUCGCCGUGCGUGGCUGGUCUCGUGGAUUUUGAGCUAGAUUGGGCCGGGAAUGGCGGGGGCUCGCGCGAUGGCUUUCGUCGCGCUCUGCGCCCUCGCCGCCUUCCCUGUCGCCGUCACCGGAGCCCAAGUGGACCCACUUUAUUCUAGUAAACAGGUACUGGACUGGAGUAGUCAAGCCAACAUUAAACUACAGAAUUUCUCCUUAACUGAAGAAGAUGGACUUCAGCUGCUGGUAAGACCAGAAGAAGUAACUCACAGGAAAUUGCGGGAGAGAACCAGAAUAAAGAAGAAGAUUGAACCAGUACAGCAGGAUGAUGAAGCACUAGUUAAGCUUGAGAAUGCUGGAAUUGAACGUUCAAAAGCCGUUGAUUCGGCUGUCCUUGGAAAAUAUAGCAUAUGGAGGCGUGAGAAUGAAAAUGAAAAAGCAGAUUCAAAGGUUCGUCUGAUGCGUGAUCAAAUGAUCAUGGCCAGAAUAUAUUCUGUGCUUGCCAAAUCCAGGGACAAGCUCGAUCUUCAUCAGGAUCUACUUUCCAGGCUUAAGGAAAGCCAGCGCUCCCUUGGGGAAGCUACUGCUGAUGCUGAACUUCCCAAGAGUGCUUCUGAGAGAGUCAAAGUAAUGGGCCAGUUACUAGCAAAAGCAAGAGAUCAAUUAUAUGAUUGCAAGGCAAUUACUCAGCGGUUAAGAGCGAUGCUUCAGUCAGCUGAUGAGCAGGUCAGGAGCUUAAAGAAGCAGAGCACCUUCCUAAGCCAGUUAGCGGCGAAGACAAUCCCAAAUGGCAUCCAUUGCCUGUCCAUGCGGCUAACGAUAGACUAUUACCUUCUCUCCCCAGAGAAAAGAAAGUUUCCGAAGAGUGAGAACUUAGAAAAUCCUGAUCUUUAUCACUAUGCCCUUUUUUCGGACAAUGUUUUGGCAGCUUCAGUUGUGGUGAACUCAACCAUCAUGAAUGCAAAGGAGCCUGAGAAACAUGUAUUCCAUCUUGUUACUGACAAGCUGAACUUUGGAGCAAUGAACAUGUGGUUUUUGUUGAAUCCACCUGGAGAUGCGACAAUCCAUGUUGAAAACGUGGAUGACUUCAAAUGGCUGAACUCUUCAUAUUGCCCUGUUCUGAAGCAGCUUGAAUCUGUGGCCAUGAAAGAGUACUAUUUUAAGGCAGACCGUCCAAAAACUCUCUCUGCUGGUUCUUCUAAUCUGAAAUAUAGGAACCCCAAAUAUCUUUCCAUGCUCAACCAUUUAAGAUUCUACCUUCCUCAAGUGUAUCCUAAGUUGAAUAAGAUCCUUUUCCUGGAUGAUGACAUAGUUGUUCAGAAGGAUUUGACAGGACUCUGGGAGGUUGAUCUAAAUGGGAAUGUAAAUGGUGCUGUGGAAACAUGUGGGGAGAGUUUUCACCGUUUUGACAAGUACCUCAAUUUUUCAAAUCCAAAUAUUGCUCAGAACUUCGAUCCUAAUGCUUGUGGCUGGGCGUAUGGAAUGAAUAUGUUUGAUUUGGAAGAAUGGAAGAAGAAGGACAUUACUGGCAUUUAUCACAAAUGGCAGAACAUGAAUGAAAACAGGCUGCUCUGGAAGCUUGGGACACUGCCGCCAGGUCUCCUAACAUUCUACAAGUUAACACAUCCCCUGGACAAAUCAUGGCAUGUUCUUGGCUUAGGGUACAACCCAUCCAUCGAGCGCUCAGAAAUAGAUAACGCCGCCGUCAUCCACUACAACGGGAACAUGAAGCCAUGGCUGGAGAUUGCAAUGUCGAAGUACCGACCAUACUGGACAAAGUACAUCAACUACGAGCACACCUAUGUUCGUGGGUGCAAGAUCAGUCAAUAGGCUUUUUUUUUUCCUGGAGUGAUUUCAUUCUUUCAGUGAUGAAUAGCUAGUGGGACUUGGAACCAAGCCCCCUUGUUAGACUUCGAUAUAGUAGGAACAACAGUAAUUCCAUUGCAUGUUCAGAUGUUCUUUGUUCGUGUUGCUACUUGCUAUAGGUAUCUUAUGUAUGUAGUUGCCUCCCACAUUCGUUUUCUAGCCCCCCUUUCCAUUAGCCCUCUGUGGUAUCUGUAACCAUCUUUUCUUUUCUUCAGAAAAGAAUGAUGAACCCUGUGAUUGUUCUCACCUGAUAAAUGAAAUGUCUCAAAAGUUUGUGUGGCUAA